GUUACGAGCUAGGCCGGUAUUACACCAUCAAUAGGUAUUAGGUAGUUGAGUUUAGGAGUCGGAGUUGUAAUUAUGUUGUUCGAUGACAUGGGACGUUGAUAGGUGCCAUUAGUUAUGUUAUACUGAAUGAAUUCAUGUACAAGUUAAGCGAAUUCAGAUAAUUUCUAUGAUUCUCUCAUUUCAUUGCACAAGAAGACCUGAUGUGAUCCGAGAGGGAUAAUAGCAUAUGAAUGUGAGGUAAAAUAUAUGAGCGAAGUUGUGGCCAUUGUUCUCCCGGUAAUAUUUACACUCUUUAACUGCAGGUGGAUGACUUUAUUCUGAGUUUAACAUGCUACAGCACAAUUCCGUGCCACCUCACAUUGUCCUGUAGGUUUUUUUUGCCUCAGUAAAUGCAGCUGUUGAGUAUUCGCUUGAACUCUGUAACACUGAGGAUUUCGCAGUUUUCCGGUUAUAUAAACGUGUCCAUUACUGGCUUGUCUGUUGAACACCAUUGAUGAAGAGCGUGCUGUGUAUGACACUCAGUAAAGAUUUGCUUAACGGUGAUUUCAACGCAACAUCUACAAUGCGGACCCCUGAAUGCUCUUGUAAAAGGGAAAAAGCACAAGGAGAUUGAGAGUACAAGAGCUGAGACUCAUGGAAGUGGACAUGGUGCGCAUGUUACUCUUAAGGAGGAGGCAAGAGCAUCGAAGGUGGACACGUCAGCUCAAUGGAAUGCGGCACCAUGCAAUAUGGCAACGUAACCUGAGGGACGAGAUGAAUCCAUUUGAAAUGCCCGAGAGCAACUUCAUGGCGAAAUACAGACUGAGUCGGGAGGUGGUCUGUAAUUUGGUUGAGGAACUGCGGCCGUACAUGAAAGGCCAUCAAAGAACUACAGCCAUUCCUCUGCACUUGAAGGUUUUGACAACUCUUCACUUCUUGGGACAUGGGUCUGUUCAAAAGGGGGUAGGGGCUGACAAUGUAGCUGCCAUGAGUCAGCCAAGCGUUUCAAGGUGCAUUGAUGAAGUUGUGAAGGCUCUUAAUGUGCCUGCAAUUCUGAGGGCUGGUGUCCCCUUUCCUGAUACACGAGAAGAUAGGUUUCAUAUUAUGCAAAGGAACUUCAGAUGCUCAUCCAUUCAUGGUGUCAUUGGGUAUGUGGAUGGAGCUCAUGUAAAUAUUGCAGCUCCUGAUGUUCACGAAGAGCAGUAUGUGAACAGGCAUGGCACACAUUCCCUGAAUGUUCAAGUGGCAUGUGACUCGGACAUGAUGAUCAUAAAUAUCUUGGCACGAUUCCCUGGGUCAUCGAGUGACUCCUUUGUGUGGGCCAGUUCUGCACUCAGAUCGAAAAUAGAAGAGUUAUAUAGAGGAGGAGAAGAAUGCUGGUUAUUAGGGGAUUCUGGAUACCCUAAUGAACCGUGGCUCCAUAUACCAGUAACUGAUCCUCUACCUAACAGCAGAGAAGCCAGUUUUAAUCAAGCCCACAUGAUAGCUAGAAGCAUUGUGAAGAAGACAAUAGGACACCUACGCAACAGAUUCAGGUGUUUAAAUAAACACAGAGUACUGGAGUACAACCCAGUGAAAGCAGGCUUCAUUACAAAUGCAUGUGCAGUUUUGCACAACAAAUGUGUGACUGUCCAUAUUCCUCUGCCUCAAUCUGAAGCAGAUCACAGUGACAGCAGCAGUGAUGAAGAUGAGCCACCACCAGUGGUGAAUGAAGGCCACGCAAGAGACAGAUUGCUGCAGGAGGCUCGAGUUGUCAGAGCGGGAAUUAUUGCCAGAUUACCCACACUUCCACCUGGUGGACCCUACAACCCUCGCAGGGCCCAUUCACAUUACCAAAGAUAGUAUUUGUCUCAAAUUUUCAGAAACAUGGAAUUUCUUUUAUUACAGUAGAAUCCCCAUGAAUUUCCUCCUGUGGUUAAUUUACUGUGUGAUAGAAAUGUUUGUUUUAUAUCUGUGCUGCAGUCUGUGUGAAAUUCGCAUCCCACAUAAACCGUUUCAGCACAGUAACCAAUUUACCUUUCAGUAAGCUUGUCCCCAGUUAAAGUAACAGACACUGUGAGGUAACAGACACUGUGAGGUAACCAUCUUUGAUUUUUAUGUAAUGAAAAUGAUGUUAACUCUGUAGAUAAGAAUUUAUUUCCUCAAUCAAGACAAAUUAUCUUUUAAAAGCAAGUCAGCAUGUUACAAUUUCCUCUGUAUUUUAGUGAAAGUAUUGUUUCAUGAGUACUGUAAUGAAAGUCUGAGUCAAAUUUGUACAAACAUGAUUUAAUAAAUUUGUAUAAAAGCAUGAA